UGCAACGUACGAAAUCUACUCGGCAACGGCAGCGGCACUCAACCGUACCAAAAACGAAACGCCUCGAUGGGGUUGUGCUAAUAAAUAACAACAAUACUAAUAAAAUUUACUAGCUUAACUAAAAAAAAGUCACGCAUGGCGUAAUAACGAUUAAGAAAUAAUAAUCGAACUCGUACAAUUAAAGAAAAUUAAAUAGUAAUUUUGUGUUCUCGAAAAUCAAUUCGCCAUUCGCAACACAACACAACACGCGUUAGUGUAAACAAUAAUAAAAUAGUAUUAAAAAAGGAGCGAGCAUCAAAUAGCUUUAGCAUUGACUUGACAGUAUUUGAUAAGGCGGUGCCGUUUGUACAUGUUUGGAAUCUAUAAGGGAUUGGCAAGUGCACGUCUCGGAUGUGAAAGGAUAAUGUGGAAGCAUGUCUUCCAACUCCGUUGUGUCACUUUCAUCUUUUAAUAUAUUAUUUUUUACACAGGUGCUUACGGUUCUGACGUCAUCCAUAAAGUACAACGAAUACGUGACGGAUAAAGGCAAAAAUAUCUCCAUACCCUGCACAGCGGAGGGCAACGUUAUGUGGGUAAAGGAAAGCGGUAGCAAUAGCACCAUAAUACAGACGGGAAAAUUUUUGCUGCUCACCAAUAUUUCAGCCGACGAACGAGGUGUGUAUGUGUGCUUUGCUGCUGUUCCGCCUCGACAUUCUUCCACCCUCAAUACCGCCGACUCCAAUGCAGAAACAAUAAAUGAAGAGAAAAAAUCAAUAUCAGCAUCUUUGCCAGCAUCAGGCUCGUCAUCAUCGGCGUCAUCAUCCAUAUUGACAUCAACGUCAUUAUCAUCUUCGUCGUCAGAAGAUGUAAAAAUAGAAACAAUUGUGAAUGCAAGUGCAACAAAUGCUUCAACUACCUCAUCGCUUCCAAUGCCAGUGCCCACAAUAGCUAUAGCCGUCGCCGCUGCCGCUGCCGCCGUCACCACAGACCCAGACUCAUCCAACAUAUCGUCAGUGAAGCAAAUUGCAAUUGCCAACAAAGCCACCACGUCAGCAAAUGAUGCCCAAACAAUGGGUGUAUUGCCUACACAGCUUAGUCAAAGUCAUGCACCGAACACAAGCUCAGACGUAACAGAUAUAAUGUUAAUUCUUGAGCAGCAGCAGCUGAAAGAAGACAAAGGCGAAGAAGAGGAAGCAGUGGAAUAUCAAGCAGUCGAAAAAGUAAAUUUGACCGUACGCACACCCCCAGGGCCUGUUACACAACUUUACUUCAAAGCGUCAACAAUUUUGGGUUUUCUUAUCUGGCGUUUUAAUAAAAAUAAUUCCGGUGGUUACCCGGUGCGCAGCUUUACUGCCGAAUUUCGCAAUCUAUCGUACAAUGAAACACCCUACAACCAUACAUUUGAGCACGAAUGGAGUCGCAUGGACCCUAUUAAUAUUGCACCAAAUGUUCGACAAAUGGAAGUGUAUCGACUGGAGCCUAACACCACGUACGAGUUUCGAAUAUGGGCCAACAACCAAUUGGGUAGUGGCGAGGUAGUUACCACCAAUGUGACAACACUUCCCGAAACCAAAGAGGAGGAUUUAAUACGCCUUAUACAACCCGACUUAGAUAAUUUCGAUCCGCGCAUUUGGAUAAUCGCCGUCAGUGUUGUGCUUGGAACUCUUGUGAUAUUAGCAAUUGGACUUUGUAUAGUUUUAUCGAAAGAAUGUUAUCAAUCAUCGCAAUCGGACUUUGAAGAUGGUUGGGAGAGCAUAGAGCUGAUACCGAAUAUUAUAUUGAAUCCGGGCUUCUGUGAAUCGGAUGGAUCAGAGCCGGUGCAACCAUAUACACGUACCAUUAUCUUUGGCGAGGACGACGAUAGUGAUGGCUACGAGAGUGAAGAGUCCGAUCAUGAGCCAAAAAUGGAGAAAUUCAAACGAAAGGUAUCUGUAUUCUUUACAGGUCCUACAAUACGGCGCAUUUGAGUUAAAUCGGAUAGAGGAUUUGGCGAACGCGGUGAAGGAGGAAGAAGCAUUUAUACAGGUGUUCCGCGUGCUUUUCUAUAUAUGUAUAAGUGUAGAAAACUUCAGCUGUUUUAUAUGUAGAUUUGUGAGAUUUUUACAAAGCGCUUGCGCGCUUGUACUGGUUACAUUUAUGUAUUUAAAGCAGCGUAAAAGAAACUAAUUUAUUUUAAGACCGUUAUAUAUUUAAGUAGAAGAUCACUUAAAUUAACUCACAAUUUUGAUUUGAUUUAACAAUGGCGGCCGUACUUUCAACACACUACACAUUUUUUUAAAUUAAGGCGCUAUUUUAAAAUAUUGGAUUUCGCUGCUUCCUUAUGGACACAUAUAAAUCCGUACAUAGUUGCUAAUUCAUCGAAAAAAUAAAUAAAUAUAAUAUGUAAUUAAGACCAAGGUCGUAAACGGAAUAAAUAGAAAAAAUAUAAAAAUAUUAAAAUAAGAAAAAAAGCGAGCUUUUGUUACAAAUAAAAUUUUAUAAAUUAACGCCUAAGCAAAUUGUUACUAAAUAUACGCAUAUACACCUACAUUUAUGAACAUUAGGGUGUAUUACCUUUAUUGGUGAUUGCGAUUUUUCCACCGGAAUUAUAAAAUUUAAUAUAUUUAAAAAUGGCCAAUUUUAAAAUACAUCCAAAAAUCAAGCAUUUUGUAAGAACAGUUGUUUCUAGAAGAGUUAAAGCUUAAAAGGUCUGCAUACAAUUUUUUAGAAAUUUUAUCAAUAGAAUCAAAAUAAUCAGAUGUUUCGUAUUAUUUUUCCGAAAUAUUUUUUCUCAGAGAUUAAAAAGAAAGAAAAUUAGGGAAUGCUUAGAAACUAAACAUUGGGUAGUUUGUGGAAGAAUAGAUUUUCCAAGAAUUUAAUUAGCGCUUCCGCACCAUUUGGUUCCCACAUUGUCGCUCCCAACAAGUUAUACUGGUUUUUCCUUAUUUACUCUAUACCAGCCAGCUCUUCUGGGUUUUCAAAAAGCGGUUUGCCAAGGGUUGACAUCCUCGCCUUCCAUAGGACAGGGCAUUCACCGAGGAAGUGGAAGUUAGUUUCUUUUUCUCCGUUUGAUUACAACUAUGACAGUACAUAUUGUGAGGGAUACCUGUUUCCUAUGAACCAUAAGCCAGUUAUCACUGUUGUGAAUUUGCCGGCAUCCCUUCGUUUCAUAUUUAUCAAUUUUGACGUUUGUUUGCAGUUGUAGGUGGGCCAUUAAGGUAACGUUAUGAUUUUUCGUUCAAGGUGGUAAGACUAUGCCUGCUUUGUUUCACCAGUUUAGAGGUUGUUGUAGCCGAAUCUAGUGACUGCUACAAUACGCUUGGCUAUCCGAAAGAAUAGUAAUAUUGCACUUAAAAGGGAGGUCUACGAAUAUUAGCCUACAAGCUUCCCAUAUUGCCAAUACUUCCACCUGGAAGACACUGCAAGUACUAGAAAGACGCACAGAUUUUCAAUUCUAUGUAAGUCUAUGAGAAUAUAUACCUGCUUCAACUCAACAAUUCAUUUUUGAACCAUCUGUAGAUACUGUGGUGUCAGAGUUGUUUAGUGAAAGUAUCUUACUCCAUUCUUCCCGUGAUGGAAAGAGAGUGGCAAAAUUCCUAUUGAAUCCAAUUGGGGCGAGGUGUACCAAGUUUUUCGCAAUUAAUUUAGUACCAUUUCGAAAUAGUACUUUGUUGGCGAAAAAUCAUGUCCAAUAGGACAUGAGAGCGAAUUAAAUUCUCUCACAAUUCCAAAAAUCGAAGCAUGAGAAGCAUAAUUAGUUCUAACCGUGCCCAGCCAGAAAAUAUCACGAUUUCGUAAGCUACAGAAAACUUAUCAAAUCGAAAACGAAAGUGAGGGGAAGAAUAGGCCUUUUACUAUCUAACGAUGUUCGUUUAAUAAGCAAGCACUGACCUCUGUACUUAUAUAGGAUGGUAUAGGAUAAGUAAAAUACAAAGAAUGCAAAGCAAAGCGAGCAAAGACUUUCGGGACACGUUCAAGUCUACUAAUAUGACAUGCUUACUUUAAUAAGGUAUCCAAAUAAAAACUGUUUGUUCUAGUUUCCUAGCGAUCGCCGUUACCAAAUGCGUUGGUGCGUGACUACCAUUUGGAAGAGCAAAGGUUCGAAUCACCGUACGUUAAAGACCAAUUGAUAGAAAACGUUUUUCAAAUGGCGGUCGCUCCUCGGUCUAUAUCACCUUUGAGUAUACGGAUCAGUAAAAUCUGAACGGACAAGUCGAAUAAAAGCAAGUGCAGAAUAUGGUUUUAGUAAAAGGCUUAGAUUGGUAGGUAGGUCUGUUGACUGCCAAUAUGACACACUUAGACCUGUCGUAGGUCCGUUGAGAUACCACUGGAGCUUCUUACACUAUGGGAUCUCUUUUAAACCAUCCAGCACUUUUAUAAACGAGCUUAACUACGUUAAUUUAAGAUGCGCUGUAUCUGCUACAUCUGCUAAAAAUUCACUAACAAGCGCAUAAAGUAUUCUUCUAGCUAAUUCUUCCCACUCACAAAGGGGGGUUCUUAUAAAGGGUAUUCCAAUAAGAGGUGUUAUUUUGAUAUCCAAAGAAAAAUGCUAUGUUUUAUUAUAAAUGAUCGGAUGUUUAUUUCAUUAUAAAGAGGAAGAGGAGGUAUGCCGUUAAUAGUGGAAAAUAACAUCUGGCAAAUGAUCACCACGACCACGCUUACAGGACAAAUUUUCCAUAACUGAAUUGCUAAGUGGCUGCCUUAUGUCCGCGAUAGCCUCACGAACUCCGUCUUUGAGGUCUUGAAUCGACCCUGAGCUGUUGGCGUAGACCUUCUCUUUCACGUGGCCCCAAAGAAAAAAGUCACAAGGUGUUAAAUCACAAGAUCCCGGUGGCCAAUUGUGAUCACCUCUUCGAGAGAGAACACGAUCCGGAAACUUUCCCCGUAAAAGAUCAAUGGUUUCGUUGCUUGUGUGGCACGUAGCGUGUGGCACUGUAUUAAAGCAGCUUUUGUAAUAAUCGUAGUAUGGAACUCCAAGCCUUCUCGUACGGUUACCAAUUAGGCAAUGGCCGUUUAAUACACCUAUCAAAGUUCUUGUAUUCUCUCUGUUGAAUUUUAGCAGGCAUUUUGAACAACCAAUGGGUAUCAACUAAGCGUUAAGGCUUGAAAUGUAAUAAAUUUUACAAUUCCGUUGAAAAAAAAGAAAACCAUUUAUGCAUUCAUGGAGAGUGGUGCACCUUAAUGGGCAUUCAUUAAAUUAGUUACAAAAAAAGCUAAAUAUCAAAUACACUGCAAACAUGCAUAUGUACAUAUGUAAAUGUGGACAAAUAUAUGUAGGUACAGAACGAUAUCGAAUUACAAAAAUAUUUAAAAUAAUUGAAAUUAAACACAUACACAAAUAUUUAUGUGGUAUAUAAUAAAUAUUAUAUUAAGCUAAGCAAAGCUGCAAACGCAAUCACAGCAAUCCGAAACCUCCAGAAAAACUAUUCUUGGAUCAAAUGACGACUUUUAAUUAGCGUCGCAAAAUUGGACUAUCAGCACUAAAUUUAGUCUUUAUUGUGACAACUAUUUUGAAUUCAAUUUAUUUAUAAUAUUUUUUUAUGAAUACGACAGCAGAUGGCACACAAGCACAUGUGUCUGAAAUCAAUACAUAGUAAAUUGAGAUUACCCGAAAAACUACAGGUAAAUUUAAAUUCCGAUUAGCAUAUAUCAUUUAUUUUUUCAUGCUAUAAUCACGUGUCACAUGAUUUUUUUUUUGUUUAAUUAUCAUACGUCUAAAGGAAAAUAGGAUUUGAAAUUUUCAUGAAUUACCAACAAAUAUUUUGUUUUGUUUUUUUGUGUAGGACACUGAAGGUCCUAGUAGGCAGUGUGCUAAUUAAGUUAGGGUUAUAGGUAUUGUAUAUAUCUCCUAUAAAUACUAAUAAUAAUAAAGUUUUUUUUUUAUUAAUUUUCUGGAACUACAUGUGCAUGUCAUAUAAAUUUUUUUUAAGAAUUGUUACAUCACCAGAGUAUAUACCAUAUGCAGCUACCGUUCUAUUUUACGAUUUGGUUUGAGAAGCAAAUCGAUAUACGUACCACAUGCCUUUGACAGUUAAAGGCAAUUCUUAUGAAAUAUGCGCUAAUUUCAAUGAUAAAAUAGAUUUCUAGCUUCGCAAUUUUUUUUUUUUUUUACAAAUACAAUUAUUUUAUCGAAGUAAGACACAAUUGACUUAAAAAAAACGGCAGCUCGGCAUCUGGCGGCUAUGUAACUUAAAGAUUGUUUCAUUGGACGGCGCUGUUGUAACCCUAAUUGCAUAUUGCUCCGUGAGAGCUGUCGACUAUGCCUGCCUUUUGGCUCAGAAAACCGUUACCAGCAUUCUCAGAAAACCGCCUCAUGAGACUAUUGCGUAUGUACCACCAAUGGUACAAGCCGUCCAAUGGGACAGACCUCAAUGUACCACUAGUGGUACAUGCCGGGGGAACGUGUUAAACAUCAAAAUGAGUGAAUAAAACUUAAAGAAUAUCAAAGGAAACCUCACCUUUGCGCGAAACAUUCAACUAUUGAUUGCAUCUGCUACACAAUGUAUGCUACGGCUAACGGACCACUGGCUCAAGGAUAUUCUCAUUGCCCAUCUAUGGGUCGUUAAUAACAUCCAGUUGCGAAAAAUUGCAAUCUAGACAGAACCUUGUAAUG